AUGGUGCGUAUUAUCCCGCACACAGAGAAGUUGUUCAUUGGCGGAGAUUUCUAUGGUCAUAUUGGGGCUAGUGCUAGGGGUUAUGAUGAUGUGCAUGGCGGGUUCGGUUUUAGGGAUAGGAAUGAGGGAGGUAAUUCACUGUUGGAUUUUGCUAGAGCUUUUGAUUUGGUUAUAGCUAACUUGGGUUUUCCGAAGAGGGAAAAGCACCUGGUCACUUUCGGGAAUUCAAUGGGCAAGACUCAGAUUGAUUAUCUUCUCUGCAGAAAAUACGAUAAAGGUCUGUGUACUGACUACAAGGUCAUCCCAACUGAUAGAGAGGUCUUAGGGGUGACGAAGGGCUCUACUGGAGGCCAUAAAAAGGACUGGUGGUGGAAUGAAGAGGUUCAAGGUAAAGUGGAAGCUAAGAAAGAUUCUUAUUUGAAGCUAGUGGAGAGUACAAACGAGAAGGAAAAAAGGACUUAUCAGGAGUGUUAUAGAAAUGCAAAGAAAGAGGCGAAGUUAGCAAUUACGACGGCUAAGAACGCGCGUUUGCUCGUUUGUACGAGGAGCUCGGGGGCGAAGGCGGGGACAAGAAGUUGUACCGGUUGGCCAAGAUUGGUCUCUCUCUUGAAGGCUGAAGCUUUUGGGCUUGGCUCUUCUCUCGACCAGAGCUUAGAAAAGCAGAAUCCUUCAGCUUCAG